AUGGGAGCAACUCCGAAAAGAAGUUCAGCUUUCGGCCGUCUAGGCAAAAAACCAGGUAUGUUAACAUAGUUUUUUUGUCUUUGUGUGUAUUUGGUGGAAACUCGAUUUUAUGCUAGAUUGAGCUAUAUUCUAAUAACAUUAUAUUGUUUUUUUUACUUAUUCUUAUGGUUGUUUGCAUAAAAUUUAGCAUUUGCCCAACUGCAACCUUGUUAAUUCAAGUAAACCUAUGUUUAUAUCGCAAUUUAAGAGAUUACAACUCCGUUAAAUUAAUGUUUAAUUUCUUGUAAAAGAUAGCAAAAUUAUCGUACUUAUGUGUUGGCUCCAAUGCGUUCAUAAUCAACGACUUUUUCAUUGUUUUAAAACACUUUUCUUAAUUUGCAACCAAAAUGAUAAGGAUGGUUGUCUGGGAAAGGAGUAAACUAGUAUGAAACCUUCACAUAGAUACGAAAUUUCUUGUUGUUCGAUAGUAUAGUAGAUGAAGAAUGAUUUAAAGAAUAGUUUGGGUUAAUUUGGCGUUUUUCUUUAGGCUGGAGAUCGAUUUAUAUUGUUUUAGGUUCAAAUCUGAUGCAGAGGAUUAAGAUGGCCGUUUUUAUGUGUGAAAAUUUGUAGAUUAGACUAAAUAUAAGCCAUUACGUACUAUAUUGCAUGAUGUUUGUUGUGUUCAAAUUUUGCAGCUAUUGAUUUAGGUAUCAAAAAGUUAUGACCAAUUUAUGUUGUUUUAAGUUCAGUUUCGAAGUUAGUUUUAGAUGGUCGUUUUUCUAUAAGAUACUGAAUGUAGAUGUUAUAUAACACUUUUAAUAGUUGUAGUAGAGGUUGUUCAUUUUUCUGUGAAAGUUUCAAACCAAUAAGAGCAUUUUCAUCCAUGUUAUGAUUCAUUUUACCUCACUUUAGGGUCAAUGUUCACCUACACGUACUACUUGACCAUUCUCACCGUAACCCUGGGUGCCAGUACCCAGUUCUACUCAUAUGGGAUUGUGAAUCCGGAGCAGGAGAUUAUAAUGGAAUGGAUUAAUUCGUCGUACGCGGAACGAUGGCACAACAAAGGCCUAUCUGAAACGGAACUCAACCUUUUUUGGUCGUUUGUCGUCUCCUCAAUAGCUAUUGGUGCCAUUUUAGGAGCUUUGUUAGUACGAGUGUUGGCUGAACGAGUUGGUAGAAGGAAUGGCUUGAUCUAUAACGGGGUUUUCAAUGUGAUAGCGGCCGGUUUGGAGUUUGCGGCAAAGCCGGUGGGUUCGCCGGAACUUUUGAUUGUCGGAAGGUUAAUAUUGGGAGCAAACAUGGGAAUUACCAGUGGAUUGGUACCCAUGUACCUGAUGGAAAUUACGCCAGUACAUCGACGUGGAGCUGCAGGGACGUUACAUCAGGUAAUUUUUAGUUUUUGCUUGGUUUUUAGAUAAAAAAUUAUCACGGUUAAUAUAAAUUAAUGGGGAAUUUUGGACAAUGCUUGCCAUAUCGUACGAAUGAAUUGAUUAAAAGAUUUGGAAUUUACAAAUCGUAUUUUCAGGUAGCGGUAGCCUUUUCCGAUUGGUUCUCCCUCUUUGUUGGACUACCAGAAAUCUUGGGAAGCGAAACACUCUGGCCUAUUGCCUUUGGUUUUCCAGGUUUAUUGGCCUUGUUCCUAGUGAUUGUUCUGCCAUUUUGUCCACAAAGCCCCAAGUAUUUGUUGGUUAGUCAAGGAAGACGUGAAGAAGCUCGUGAUGUGCUGAAACGGUUGGUGAAUGAAGAAGAAUCCGAGAGGAUGUUCCAGGAGUUGAUGGCCGAAAGUGUCACGAAUCAGGUUGGGUUUUUGUUAUUUUUCUUGGUCUUAGGGUUAGAUAUUGGCCAAGUAUUGGCCUCAAAUAUUGUUGAUAUGAUUGCCAUGAGAUUUUAAAGGGCUUUCAUCCCAUUUGAGGUAAAGUUGUUGAAUUAUGGGUCGAUUAAGUUAUUCAUAAUAAACUUUACCUCAUGGUGAAUAUGCGGGGUCAAAAACGUCAAUUUUUUAUUGAGGUUUGUAGUUUUUGUUGUUCUUAAAGUUCGUUGCUGUCUUUCUACAUUACUGUAAAUCCAUAUAGAAUAAUUUAGUUAAGUUAUGGUUCGAUUAUAUUAUCCAUGACUAAAUUCAAGUCAUGGUGAAGAUAAAAGGCCUAGAAAAUAUGUUUUUUGGUCAAUUGUCAUGUUCAGUUGAAUUUCAAUCACUUUUUAGUUGUGACUUGUCAUUUUUAAUUAUAAACUUUCAACUUCAGGAAGGCCUGGGGUCCUUCCGUGAGCUGUUCACCCGUCCCGACCUUCGAAUCCCCUUAAUGGUCUCGGUCCUUGCUAUGUUGGCGCAACAAUUCACUGGAUGCACAGCUGUGUUUGCCUACUCAACAGACAUGUUCCUGAAUGCCAAACUCACACCACAAGCGGCACGGUACAGCACGUUGGCGGUUGGGAUCGCCUACUUCUUGUUCGCACUGUCAGCGCCAUUAUUAAUCGAACGUAUUGGUCGAAGGAAGUUGGCAUUGUUCCAACUGUCCAUGGUUACAGUAUCUUUGUCAUUCUUGACAGCUUUUACCUAUAUUCAGAAUACGAAUAGUCAGGCGUGGGCGACGUAUGGCACGAUCUUCUCACUGGUCUUCUACAUGUGUGUAUAUGGAGUUGGAUCGCCGAUUCCGUGGAUGAUUACUAGUGAAUUGUUUGAAACAAAGGUGGGUAAUGAUGUUGAGAAGGAUGUACAUUAUAUGGUUUAGCUAAAAAUGUGGCUUCAUGUCGGUUUUCUGGCUAAAAAUGGGAUAAAAUACCUUGUUUUAGAUAAAAUUGAAUGAAAAAAAUUGCACGGUGCGGCUUUUUAAUUUUUUUUUGCUGAAAUUUAAACAAAAUUUUAAAAUAAUGGAAUAAAAUAAAGAAAUGGUAUAUUUUUCGUAUUUUACAUUAAUUUAUUUUGGCUUUUUCAGUUCCGAUCAGCCGCUGUCACACUGGCCGUUUUCGUGGCCUGGUUCCUGGCUUUUAUCAUUUCCACCAUUUACCUGCCAUUUCAACAGGUAGGUUAUGAUUUUUUUUCGUUUUUCAUAGUUUAGUUUACCGACCUCAGCCCACUUUUGGCGCCCUACCAUAUUUCCGCCUCAUCUAUCCUGCCGUGUCCUACUAUACUGUACCAUUCGUUAUCGUACCCUGCUUUACCCUACCGUACCCUAUGCUACCUUAUUCUACCCUACCAAGCCCCAACUUCUCUAUCUUGCCCUAUCCUACCCGACCUUACCCUACCCUGCAGCCGUACUCUAGGUUUGACUGAUCUGACCUGACGUUACCCUACUAUACUGUACCGGACUUUAUCUAGGUUUCACGUAUCUCACCCUACUAUAUUGUACCGGGCUUUAUCGUACCCUGAUUUACCCUACCCUAUCAAACCCUACCCAGUCCUACCGCACCCUACCUUUCCCUAUCCUACUUAACAUUACCCUGUUCCACCAUUUUCUAGGUUUUGAAAUACAUGAAAUUGCCCUACCCUAACUUUAUGCUACCUCACCUUACAGUACCCUAUACUUGCUUUAUAAUACCAUACCUUCUGCUCUACCCUACUUUUGAACCUUUUCAUAAUGACAUUCUUUUUUCAGCUGGUUGGAAUCUCGUUCAGCUACAUUCCCUUUAUCGUUUUCAGUGGUAUCUUCACCAUCUCUCUCUACUUUUUAUUGCCAGGUAAGGGUUUUUUAUUCUAUAUUGUGCAGAUAUAAAGUACAAAAUCACAAAAUUUCAUAUUUUACUCAAAAAUUUUUUCCCAAGAAUCUUGAAAAUUUAAUUUUGCAGCCAAAGUAAGCUUAAAAAAAGAAAAUUUUCAACUUUAUUACUAAAAUUUAAAAUUUUUGUUUCCAGAAACCCAACACAAGCCCAAAGUGGAAGUCAUCGAGGAGUUCCGAUACCGUGCCCAAUCCAUCAGUACCGGCCACCCGUUCCGGUCGGUUCCCCCCUCCCUCACCGACGAAACUCAAUCCCUGGUUCAGUCCGAGGCCGACGAACGUCUUUCAUAUCAUCGCUAUAUGAGUAUCGCUGGUUAGUUUGUCUAUUUUUAAGGAGUGGCAUCAGAUUUAGACUAGUUAUGAGGUUUGGUUUUAGGUAUGGGUUUAGACUAGGCUAUUGUUUUCAAAGUCCGGCACGGUGUAUAAACUACUGUUUACAAGGCUUGGCUAGAGCGUAAAGACGGUUUUUUAAAGGUCUGGUUAAGCGGUAUUAAUUCUUUUCUUUUAUUUUCCUUUAUAAGUUAGAAAAAUGCGAAAGAAUUAAUGGAUCCAAUGCCAGAAGGGCGGCUUUGGUCUAGGAAUGGGGGUUUUUACAAACUGCAAUCACGCCAACCAAUUAUUAGUUUCAAAUUGCCAUUUUGUACAUAUUACACUAGAUAUGUCAUCAUAUUUUAGUUUUUUUAUCAUUAAUGUUGAAAUUGAAAAAAUUUUGGAAAUUUUAAAAAAAAUUAUUUAUAUUUCGAUUUUUUCACGAUUUUUUCAAAAAAAAAUUUUUUGCCUACUAUUUUUAUUCAUUUUUUCGUAUUUUAAUGCCUAACUUAAGGUCGCCAAAGCUUUUCCCAAUCAUUUUCCUCGUCAGUCUUUGGCUCACCGUCUCACUUCUUUUGA